AUGGCUACUCCUCCAUCCCCUGAACCUGGCCCGUCAAAUUGGGAUCUCAUAUCUAUGGAGUUAUCCGGAAUGAUGUCUCCCAGCCAUAUAAACUUAUCAGACAUGCCAUGCAUUGAUGCUAUUAUAAGUGAUGCAGAAUUGUAUGGGAUUUUGGCACAGGAUGUGGAUAACUUUCUGGAAGAUUUGGUAAAUGAAAACACAGAAGAUGAAGAAGCCGUUUGUGCUGAAGAUCAGUUAGAACAGGACGUUGAAAAUACAACUGAGGAAGCCCCUACUACCGAUUGGUUCAAUGGAAACCCCUCGAAUAUGGCCGAGAUUCCUUUUACGGGCACACCUGCAAGUGGAAACAACAAAAAAAGCGAUACAUUACAAUACAUGGCGGAAGGCGCCUUAGGGGAGCCAUCAAAGUGCCUGGCGUUGGGCGCCCCAGAGGAGCCACGAAACAUUUGUUCG